AAUGGCCAUUGUUACUCAUUUAUCCAGGUGUUGAAGCAUCAUAAUGUCGUUGUGAAGUUUGAUUUUAACUUCUUCACAUAAGUCAAUCAUCCCUAACCUAACUUGUUGAGAGCAACACAAUAGAUUUUGGAUGCUUGACUUUUGUUUCAUAUCCGCACCGCCUAUGGAAAAGAUAUUUCGUAUCUGCAUAUAUAAACACUCCAUAUACAUGGUCUAAGUCAAUAUGCAUACUCGGACCAUUCAUCUUUCUUCCUUAAAAACUUCAGCAUUACUCCAAACAUUGCAUGCCUGAUCGAUUUACAGCCCAAGAAAGUUCUUUUGGUGAAACAGAGAAUGGGGAAUUUCAAUGGAGUUCUUUGUGUUAAAAGAAAACAAAUGGGAUUGAUGAAGAAUCAAGCGUUAACUGAUUAUGAAGGAAUACAGACUGUAGAGGUUGAGAAUCAAUGUAACUUCUUACGGAAUUCGGAUCUCUGCAUUUGUGUGGUGACCUGGAACAUGAAUGGACAGGCAUCUUAUGAAGAUUUGGUCAAGCUGAUCGGCAACAACCGCAAAUUUGAUCUGCUUGUAGUUGGCUUGCAAGAGGUGCCUCGAAAAACGAUUGCUCAAUUGUUGCAGACAGCUCUUGUUGAAACUCAUGUGCUCUUCGCAGAAGCCACAAUGCAAUCUCUGCAGUUAUAUAUGUUUGGGCUGAAGAACUCAGAGUCGCUUAUUAGAGAAUUAAAGGUUGAUCAGUAUUCUGCUGGGGGAUUUGGAGGGUUUAUUAGAAGAAAGAAAGGGGCUGUAGCAAUCCGCAUUGAUUAUAAAGGAAUCAUAAUGGUCUACAUUUCCUGUCAUCUCUCUGCACAUGCUCGCAAUGUGGAAGAAAGAAAUUCUCAAUGCAGGCACAUAUCUCGCAAAAUUUUCUCCAAUAAUGUAAACCCUUAUUCCAGGGGAGCCCAGAUAACAGUGUGGUUGGGUGACCUCAACUACAGGAUAAAUGGGAUCACUACACACCCCACCAGAAAUCUAAUACAGAACGAUCUGCAUCACAAACUACUGACCAGUAAAGAUCAACUGUUGCAAGAGGCCAAAAGGGGGCAAAUCUUUGAUGGAUAUUGUGAAGGAUCACUCACAUUCAAACCAACAUUCAAGUAUAAUGUUGGAAGCAGCAACUAUGAUACAAGUCACAAGGUUCGAGUUCCAUCAUGGACUGACAGGAUCUUGUUCAAGAUAGAAGACCCUGACAAAAUCAAUGCCAGUUUGCAUUGUUACAAAUCCAUUGACGAUAUUUAUAGUUCUGAUCAUAAGCCAGUGAAAGCUCACCUCUGCUUGACAGUUAACAAAGAGUCAUCACCAACCGGCCAAAAAUUACUUCUGUAAGACCACUGCAAGAUCACAUGGUAUAUAGUGAAUACUGUCAAGUCUGUAAAUUCAAUUCAAUUACUCCAAAAACGAAAAUAUUCAUUGUACAAGUACAAGACGAUACUUUAAGAGUUUAUGAUUAUUUCAGAGACUAAUUGAAAACUAUUAUUUCGUAAUAAUGGCCUUAAAAAACAGAGGAAAAUAGGGAUUGCGUUAACCCAUUAAACAUGGGUAGGCUCUUAAUGUGAAAGGGCUCAGACUUGCCGCGUAAAUAUGGAAGGCAGAAGGCUCAUGCCAAAAGUCUUUUGCGUAUAGCAGAAGAGAAGUCGCGUUAGAGGUUUUAGUGACAGGUGGCCAGCGAUUGAUGUCGACGGGCUCGGCUCAAGACUCAAGCCUUCACGUAACCAAGCAUAGUUCCACCUUCAAAAUCAAAGAUUACAUCAUCUAAUUCAAGUCAAUUGCUUCUCUGUACAGAAAUUAUAUAAUAUAUUAGCUUUCUAUUUUUAACAUUUAUGACAGUGCCUUUGUAUCAAGAUAUAUAAAGAAAUCUAAGAAGUUCUUGAUUUGUCAGAAGUGCGUCAUUUUUCCACGAUUUUGAUUCUUAAAUCUCAUCUUCUUUAGAGCCAGUAUAAAACGCUACAAGUCGUGAAUUUGUUGACAUGGU